GAUGUUCUUCCGGUCUCUGCGUUCUGUGUUCCGUUUACCGUUUACUUCCUUCAGCUGAGUCUUAUUCCCUUGGUCGAGGUUGACGCGUAGUGAAAUACUGUUCGUUUUAAACGUCAUAUAGAUCGUGUGACAAAACACGAUGCAACAAAUGAAGCGUCUAUUAGAUGUAUAUGUGGCGUUGCAGGCUCUGUUUGCGUUGUCAUGGUGUUUUUCCGACGCAGAGCCGGGGCCUGUAGCAGGUUCUCUGUCGAAUGGAGACCGUUUCAAAAUUGAAGGACGAGCGAUUGUUCCCGGAGUGAAAACACAAGACUGGAUCUCCACAGCACGAAUCCUUGUGGAAGGAGAGGAAUAUGUUGGUUUUCUCAAGACUGAUGGGAGCUUCGCCGUCAACGAUGUGCCCUCUGGCUCAUAUGUGGUUGAAAUCGUAUCACCAUCCUUCAGAUUUGAUCCUGUUCGGGUGGACAUUACCUCCAAAGGGAAAAUGAGAGCACGCUUGGUGAAUUACAUCAAAACAUCUGAAGUUAUUCGACAGCCGUACCCUCUUCAGAUCAGAUCCAGUGGUCCACACACGUACUUCAUGAAGCGGGAAACCUGGGGCUGGACUGAUUUUCUGAUGAACCCAAUGGUCAUGAUGAUGGUUCUUCCUUUAUUAAUCAUCGUCCUGCUCCCGAAAGUGGUAAAUACAAAUGAUCCUGAGAUGAGAAAGGAAAUGGAACAGUCUAUGAAUAUGUUGAACCCUAACCCAGAAUUGCCAGAUGUUUCUGAAUUCAUGACUAAACUGUUUUCCAAGGGUUCCAGUAAGUCUAGCGGAGGCAACAAAGGCAGCAGAAGUGUUGCUCCGAAGAGGAGGUAGUCCUGUGUAUUUUGUCGGUUUUCUUUAACACUGUUUUACUGGUUUUCCUCUUCUUUUUUUAAUAUAAAUAUAUGAACAGUUUCUUUUUCAACUGAAAGGCUUGACAAAGCAAGACCUGUGUUUGCACUGUACUACUUUUCCAUGCUUAAUUGUCUUCUUCGGAUCAGAUCAUUUUAGUCAUUGUAAUGAUACUCUGAAAACUAUACAUAAAAUGUAGUAAUGGAUGAUAACCAGUACAGAUCGAACAAGGCAUGAAUUCAUGUUUUUUUUUGUUUUUUUUUAGUAGAGCUUAAUUAGGAUGUUUUAACUUUAAAAGUAGAAUGAGUGAGAAAGUACUGGAUUGGUUCAGAUUGCUCUUCCAAGAGGAUACAGUUACAGAGAUAUGCUAAAACAUUUCAGUAUCUUGUAAUGCGAUUAACAUCACAAUGGUAGUCUAUGCUUUUACUGCUGCUGUGCAAAAGAUCACACCGAUAUGAUUCCUUCUCAGAAUUGAGGUCAAUGCAGUUUCAUCUCUGUUAUGACUUGAAUUAAAUCUUUAGUAAGUAAAAUCUAGCAUGUUGUUGAGUGCUUUGGGUUGAUGCAAUACGGCUGCAUAACAAGCCAGAAUCAGAUGCAGACAUUAGUACUCACUGUAUGUGUGUUCUGGAAAAGCACACUUGAAAGUCCAGAUAGAUAAAAAUAUAUAUAUAAUGAGGGUCCAUCUUUGCUGUGAUACCUUGUUUAUUUCCAGACCAGCCCGAGGAGGUGACGUUGACCCCAAUUCUGUUUCAUAACUACUUGAAAUAAAGCUUUUAGGUUAUAAUAUUUACUAUAACUUGUUGGGUUUGUACAAGACUGUGAAUGAAGAUGAGAAAUGCAUAAGAUUUAAGCUAUGAAGUAAAAUCUUAUUUAAACUGAAUGGAAAUAAACUGGUGGAAAAUA